AUGCCACUAGCAAAGGAUUUACUUCACCCAAGUUUGGAGGAGGAGGAGAAGAGUAAGUGCAAGCUCAAACGCUUGGUACAGAGUCCAAACACCUACUUCAUGGAUGUCAAAUGCCCAGGCUGCGAUAAAAUUACGACAGUAUUUUCACAUGCUCAGACUGUUGUCCUAUGU